CUCACCUACGCCUGCUACAAGAAGACCAAGUCCAAGGACGUCUACCUGCUGAACGUGGCCAUCGCUGACCUGCUGUUCGUGCUGCUGCUGCCUUUCAUGGUACAACGACUGUCGUCGUGGUCCAUGGGGCCGGGCUGCAAGCUGUUGCGCGGCUCCUACAGCGUCAACCUGUACAGCGGCAUGCUGCUGCUCGCCUGCAUCAGCACCGGUUACUUCGCCAUCGUCCAGGCACGCCGCAGCUACAGACUGCGCUCGCUGCAGUACAGCCGUGUGAUCUGCGCCGCCGUCUGGGUCUCCGCCUUCCUGCUCUCCAUCCCCACCUUCAUCUUGUACAACCAGUACGAGCCGUCCCAUAGCAAGAUAAUCUAAAUCGACCCAGAGUACGAGGACCUGGACUCUGGGCCUCCUCAGUACAUCUGUGAGUUUCAGUUUGAGUUCGAGAACGUCACGGCCCACACGUGGCGUGUCGUCAUCCCCAGCACCCAGUUAGCUGUCGGAUUCUUCCUGCCGCUGCUCAUGGUCUUCUGCUACUCCGCCAUCAUCGUCACUCUCCUGAAAGCCAAAAACUUCCAGCGGCACAAAGCGGUGCGGGUGGUGCUGGUCGUCGUGGCGGUGUUCAUCACCUGCCACCCCUACAGCGCCACGCUGCUGUACGACGUCAUCAAGAUGUUCGAAGAGCAGACUUGUCAGAGCGUGAACGUGCUGCAGACUGAGUCGGUGACGCAGACCAUCGCCUACCUGCACUGCCCUGAACCCGGUCCUGUACGCCUUUGUGGGGUCAAGUUCAGGAACCACUUCAGGAGGAUCUUCCAGGACCUGUGGUGCCUGGGGAAGAAGUACAUCGCACCCCGCCGCUUCUCCAGGACCACCUCAGAAAUGUUCGUGUCCACCCGCCGCUCGGUGGACGUGUCCAGUGAGAACGGCUCGUCUUUCACCAUGUGAGGACGGCUGGUC